GUGACUACGCCAAUGUCUGAUGAGUCGAUCGACUUCGUCCUCGGCUGCAUCCACCACGAAUAAGCCAGCGCUCCUGCGGUACUGACCUGCAUCACCGCAUCUUGUUCAGAGUGACAGGGUGGCAGGACGUUGUCCAGUUGAGGAUGCGCUUUGAUCGCCGCGCCGCCCCAUCUCGCUGAAGGCCGUCCCUAUUGAGAUUCCCCUCUCAAGGCAGCCUCCAUUUAUUACUUCCACUGACAUUGACGAGUAUUGAACUCCUUAUCUCCUCAUCAGACUAUUCAUGCUACUGAAAAGAAUAUGGACUCGAGACGCAAGAGGACACGGGAUCAAGUCGAGGUGAGCAGGCUGUUGAAUGCCCUUGCCUAUUUCUGCUUGUCCAUCCGUUGAUACGAGAUCAAGGAUUUGCAUGGCCUCAGACAAUGCGGACCAUCCACGCGCUCAGCUUCAUGCAUUCGACACCCCUCUGGGCCCUUCAUGCCUGUAGAGACGACGAAUGACCUUCACAAUCUCCCUACUGAAUCAGCACGUGCUGGACCCCGCUCGAUUUCCACGGACGCGCCGCCCAACUUCAAGGCAGUCCACGCCAAGAUCGAUGCCUGGAGUACCGACCUGAAGACUUUCAUCUCAAAGUAUCAAGACGUCUCGGACGAGAAGCUGCUACUCGCGUCGAAAGACCAGAAGAAGCACGUCUCGGAUGAGAAGAGCAAGACGGCGGAAGUGCUGAAGAAGCUCGAGCGAUCGAAAACGGAUCAUGAAGCUUACAAGAAGACCACUGCCAGAGAAAUCCGAGAGAUCAAGCAACAGCUCACCGUCAAGACUGACGAAGUCUCCAAGGCUAUCAAGGAGCGAGAUCAAGCCGUGAAGGACUUGUGCACCCUUCGUUUCCAAUUCGAGGCCGUAUCGAGAAAGGGUCAAGGUCAUCAAGGUCAUGCGACCAAAUUGAAAGCGGAGAAAGAGAGAACAGAGCGAAAACUGGCGGAGGUCAAGCGACAGAGGGACGCUUGGAGAUCGAGAUGUGGAGGCCUCGGUGGGAGUACGGAGAACGACCCGUUGGUUGUCAGAGACACGAGGAGGACAUCUGCGACAGGAGGGAGUGAUGACGAGGGGACUUCUUCCUGCUUUGACUCUGACGACUCUGAGGUCGAUGCCUUGUACGUCGAAAGGUCAGAUGUAGACGAGUCAGACGACAGUGGGUCGGAGGAUGAAUCAGGCGAAGAACAGUCUGACUAAGAAGAAACCGAUCGAGACGGAUUGAUUGAGGAGCUGGAGCCAAAGUCAGAAUCGGCAGACCGAGCUAGAGCUAGACAAGAUACGGACGGGAAACUGGUCCUCAGGUCGAAAUCGAGUUAUGCUCGCGUCCCUGUCGCGCCUCACAUCAGCUGCGUCUUCGAGAGACUCGCGGAGAUGGGUGAAAAGAGGAGAAAGAAGAAGUGAGGAGAUUGACUGACGAUAGAAGACCUCAAGGGGAAGUCUCCCCCGUCAGCUGUGGCGGGGACCCAUGAGCCAUCUCACUGUCGAUUUGCACUCGGGAACUGAGCCAGUGGGCUUAGACUGCAGCGCGGAGAACCUGUCUCCCAGCUCGUGUUGUGAGAGAGUGGGAUACGCCAGGGAAGCAAUCAUCUGGAUAGAUCAUAUUAUCAUGUCUGUGUAUGUAUGUCCAUCUAUG